AUGAAGAGAUGGAAGCUAGAUAACCCAUUCAGAACAGUAGUAGAAGAUUAUGAAGCUGAAGACACAGAAAGAUUGAUUGAUGAGGAUAAGCACAAAAAUGCUUUGAAAGUGUCAAAUUUAGGACGUUCUUUUGGCAUGGAGAAGACUGAAGCGAUGUUUCAAAAGAUACCUCUAUCAUCAUCGGGAAUUUUGUCAAACGAGGCAUUAUUUUUAAACUCGUUAGUCAAUGUCGGGAGAGUUGAAGAACAUACAAGUGCUUUGAGGGACAGACUUCUUAAAUUAUUUUAUACGCACUGCAGUACGAUGUAUCCUGUGAUAAUUUUACCGGAGCCGGAGACUAUUCCGAAUGAAAGUUAUACUCGACCAAGACGCAACACAAUCAGUGAGUUCUCAUUAAAACGAAAUACAAAUCUUGAUCCGCCGUCGUCACCAAGCACCGCAUCUAAAACGUUCUUUAAUAAGUUAUGGAAAAACAGAAAAUCAUCUACAAGUGGUCAAAGAAAAGAUCUAUUUAAAACUGAUCAAAGCGUAGACCAGUUGAAGGUGGAAGAGCCUACAAAAUCUUUGUCUUCCAUGUCUCCGUCAGCAAUUCGAAGAAGUCUUACGCGAAGGUUUUCGCAAGCACCGGAGAAUCAUGCGGAACAUAUGUUACAAGCGAUACAGCACCAAGAUAUCAACACACUCGAUAAAUUCUUAAGCGAGCCUGCGAAUAAUAACGAUAUAAAUACGUUACGAUCAACUGGCGCCUCGAUGUUUCACCAAGCGUGUGUAAUUGGAAACAUAAAGAUCGUCAAACGCUUAGUCGCAAGAGGCGCAGACAUUCACGCGAAGACGCGAACGAAUAUGUCUCCCGUGAAGUUAGCAGCGAUGUUUGGAAAUUAUGAAAUCGCACAAUAUUUGAUUGAUCAGGGCGCUGAUUCAAAAGAUAUAAAAAACGGACUGCAAGACGACUCGGACUAAGAACGAAUAUUUCUACCAACUGUUUUGUAUAGUGUAUAUAGCUUGGAAAUAAAUAUAAAGAACAUAAAUAUAUAUCUUUUAUGUUUUAACAAAUUUUCUGCAUCAUAAUUUGAGCUCGUAUUAAGCCAUAUAACUAUGUUAUAAUUUAUAAAUGAAAAUAAAAACGACAAGAUUUAU